AUGACAAGUGAUGGUGCUGUUGCGUUUUGGAUAUUUUUGCUUUGUUUGAUCGGCACACCGCAGCUGGAGGGCAGCGAGGCGGGCAGGCCGGAUGAGCUGCAUAUAGGCGGUAUCUUUCCAAUUGCCGGCAAAGGAGGAUGGCAGGGUGGGCAGGCGUGCAUGCCGGCCGCAAGACUGGCAUUGGAUGAUGUCAACAAGGAGCCAAAUCUUUUGCCCGGCUUCAAGCUCAUCCUGCACAGCAAUGACAGCGAGUGCGAACCCGGUUUGGGCGCCAGUGUGAUGUACAAUCUAUUAUAUAAUAAGCCACAAAAGCUGAUGCUGUUGGCGGGCUGCAGCACAGUCUGCACCACUGUGGCAGAGGCAGCCAAAAUGUGGAAUCUAAUUGUGCUUUGUUACGGCGCCUCAAGUCCCGCUCUAUCCGAUCGCAAGCGUUUUCCAACACUAUUUCGUACUCAUCCCUCGGCCACGGUACACAAUCCGACACGCAUCAAGCUGAUGAAAAAGUUCGGCUGGUCUCGCGUUGCCAUUCUCCAACAAGCCGAGGAAGUAUUCAUAUCGACUGUAGAGGACCUUGAGAAUCGCUGCAUGGAAGCUGGCGUCGAAAUCGUAACUAGACAAUCAUUUCUAUCCGAUCCAACAGACGCCGUACGCAACCUAAGACGCCAGGAUGCCCGCAUCAUUGUGGGCCUCUUCUAUGUGGUAGCAGCAAGACGUGUUCUCUGCGAGAUGUACAAACAGCAGCUGUAUGGACGUGCCCAUGUCUGGUUUUUCAUAGGCUGGUAUGAGGAUAAUUGGUAUGAGGCAAAUCUGGAAAAUGAGGGCAUUACCUGCACAGUGGAGCAAAUGCGUAAAGCGGCCGAGGGACAUCUGACAACCGAGGCGCUCAUGUGGAAUCAAAACAAUCAGACAACAAUAUCCGGCAUGACUGCUGAGGAGUUUCGACAUCGACUGAAUCAUGCGCUUAUUGAGGAAGGCUAUGAUAUUAAUCACGAUCGCUAUCCGGAGGGCUAUCAGGAGGCGCCGCUGGCCUAUGAUGCUGUCUGGAGCGUGGCAUUGGCCUUUAACAAGACAAUGGAACGUUUAACAACCAGAAAAAAAUCGCUACGUGAUUUUACCUAUACAGACAAGGAAAUUGCCGAUGAUAUAUAUUCGGCAAUGAAUUCUACGCAAUUCUUGGGUGUAUCGGGCGUGGUGGCAUUCAGCUCCCAGGGCGAUCGUAUUGCGCUCACACAAAUUGAGCAGAUGGUAAAUGGCAAAUACGAGAAACUGGGCUAUUACGAUACACAGCUGGAUAAUCUAACCUGGCUAAAUACGGAGCAAUGGAUCGGGGGCAAGGUGCCUCAGGAUCGCACAAUUGUUACCCAUGUGCUUCGCACGGUUUCCUUGCCGCUAUUUGUCUGCAUGUGCACCAUCUCCUGCUGCGGCAUCUUUGUGGCCUUUGCUCUGAUCAUCUUCAACGUAUGGAAUAAGCAUAGAAGAGUAAUACAAUCCUCGCAUCCUGUAUGCAAUACCAUCAUGCUAUUUGGCGUCAUCAUCUGCCUUAUAUCAGUCAUAUUACUGGGCAUAGAUGGACGAUUUGUCAGCCCGCACGAAUAUCCAAAGAUUUGUCAGGCUCGAGCUUGGCUAUUAUCCACCGGUUUUACAUUAGCAUAUGGUGCUAUGUUCAGCAAAGUCUGGCGUGUGCAUCGAUUUACAACAAAAGCGAAAACUGACCCAAAGAAAAAAGUGGAACCUUGGAAGCUAUACACCAUGGUUUCGGGGCUCUUAUCAAUAGAUUUAGUGAUAUUACUGUGUUGGCAGAUCUUUGAUCCGCUGCAGCGUAUACUCGAAACAUUCCCACUCGAAGAUCCAGUAUCUACAACUGAUGAUAUUAAAAUACGUCCAGAGCUUGAGCAUUGCGAAAGUGAACGCAAUUCCAUGUGGUUAGGACUUGUCUAUGGCGUUAAGGGUCUGAUACUUGUAUUCGGUCUGUUCUUGGCCUAUGAGACGCGUUCAAUUAAAGUCAAACAGAUUAAUGAUUCGCGCUAUGUGGGCAUGAGCAUCUAUAAUGUGGUUGUGCUCUGCCUGAUUACGGCGCCAGUGGGCAUGGUCAUUGCAUCGCAGCAGGACGCGUCUUUUGCCUUUGUUGCACUAGCUGUGAUAUUCUGUUGUUUCCUAAGCAUGUUGCUGAUAUUUGUGCCAAAGGUGAUUGAGGUCAUACGACAUCCAAAAGAUAAAGCCGAAUCCAAGUACAAUCCAGACUCGGCCAUAUCGAAGGAGGACGAGGAACGCUAUCAAAAACUGGUAACCGAAAAUGAGGAAUUACAACGAUUGAUAACACAGAAAGAGGAAAAGAUACGAGUUCUACGGCAGCGGUUGGUCGAGCGGGACGUCAAUACGAAGAGCACAGAACUGAAUGGCGCGUCGGGUGCCGGCAUCGCGGUUGGCGGAAGCAACGGCAACGGCGGCACGGCAACAACCUCGCUGGCAGUUCAAUCACAGGCUGCUGCUAUCAUCAGUACAGCCUCUGCCUCUGCGCAUCCCACGCCCGCAGCCACACUCGCAAUCACACAAGAUACUCAUGAGCACCGUACAUAAAAAAACUUGUCAAUUUCCUUUGCGUGAUAGGUGAAUUAUACAAAAAAAGAAAAAAAAAAAAAUGAAGCUAAACGAUAACUUAAUAAAUAUAUGUAUGUACUUAAUAAACUUUGUAUCAACUUUAAGCUGAGCUAACUAUUGAAAAUUGGUAGCAGCAAUUUUGUAGAUUAACUGAAAUAUGUAUUGUACCUUAAACGUGUUUAGCAAGUACUUAAAUUAAAACGAAAUACUCUUAACUUACUUACAAAUAAUUAACGACAUUAGAAUGUGAACUAAACAAAAUUGUUAGGCUUUAAAGUUGAACACACACAAACCCAACUUAGACGUCAUUAAACUAAUACAAAAAAUAAAGAACAACAAAAAUAGCAAAAUAAUUAUAAGCGAAAUCAUGUUAAAGUUAAAGUAAUUUUUAAAUGCAAACGAAAACCAAUUGUUGUGUUUAGUACAUAUGUUCUUGUAUAACGAGUAUAUUCCCCAUACGAAACCUAUUUUGCUCAGCGCUAUCUCCCAGAGCUAGAAACACACGCACGCACACACCCCACACCCCAUUCAUGCUGUUUGUUUCCCCUCCCAAGGCGGCCUUUCCCAUUUCAUAGUUAUGUUGAGCCCAGGACUUCUAGUCCUCACUAAUGCCGUGGCAAUACGAGCUCCUAGACUCCAGUACCAGACUCUUAAAAAGUUUGGCCUAUUUAACUUGUAGUUUAGCCUAAGUUAGUGUUAGUUUUUUGUAUGGAUCAUGUUGUGUACGCGUGUAUAAAUUUUUGGCGCCUGUCCAAUAAUUAUCGUACUUGACAUUUAUUAUGCACACGAAUAUAAUAUUUUAAAUAGUUUAAAUAUCUGUGAGUCGUAAGUAGCACAAAUCGUAAGGAAAGCAUAGCAAAUCUUAGAUAAAUAAUAUAAACAUAUAGCAUAGUCUAGUGUAGUAUCGAGGUAAUAUUAUAUUAUUAUAUUUGGGGGCGGGGUUAUGUGCUCAAGCAACACUUUCAUUUAUUUGUACUGUUAUUAUACACAUUGAAAUUGAUGAUGGGAAAUCUAAAAGCAAAGUAAAAUUUUUGAACAUACUGUAAGUUCUAAAAUUGCAUUUAUAAAAUAUAUAUACAUACAUAUGUAUAUAUACAUAUAUACAAAGCAAACAAAUCGGAGAAUAAUGUAUAAUGUGAAAAUAAAUGCGUCGUUAUUUAAAUAGGAAUUGACAUUUAUUUAAAAAGAAAUAAAACCAAACGAUAACUGAAACCUAUUGAAGAAAUUUCUCAAAUAUAUAUAUAUACACAUAAAAUAAAUCGAAAUGGAACCUUUUUUAAAUUCAAUCACUCUUAUUCAUCACGAAAAGUGCUAUAACAAAAAUGAAAUGAAAGAAAAAGCAAAACAUAGACAACAUCAAAUUCCUACGAAAUGAAAGACUUUAAAAUCUAAGCCGUUAAAUGAAAUAAAACUAUACACACACACAAUGAAAGAUGAUGAACAAAUUACAAUUACACAAACAUUCAUGAUGCACAUAUAUAUAUAUACAUCUAUUAAUAUAUAUAUAUAUAUAUAUGCGAGUAUUUGAAUAGAAGAAGCGCAUUUGACAUCUCUAGUAUAUAAUAACAAAAGUCAAAUGAUGAAUGCAAGAAAAACACCUUUAAUAUAUUGUUAAGGAUCGUUGGAAUUUGUAGUUUAAUUGGAUUGUAAUUCAUAUAUAGGGAAUGCUGUUAGGGUAGACGUAAUUUAAAACAUGUAUAUUGUAUAUAACGUGUUAAGCUAAAUACUAAGCGACAAUUGCAAGAUUUACUCAAAACUCAAAUGUUUAUUUAAUUUUUGUUCUUUGCUUUUCCAUCGUUUAUCACAAACACAGCCAUAACUAAGUACUUAUAACUACAGCCGGACACCUACAACCAAAAAGUUAAUAAAUAACUUUAGCAAAGCUAAUUGUUGUCGAAAAAAAAAAAAAAUCACGAGUAAAUAAAACGCAUUCAAAUUGAUUUCCCAAACCUAAUGUUAGUGAAAGCAAAUACAAAUACAAUUGUAGCAAUAUGAAGCAAAGAAAACUCGGUAUGUUCUUAUGAAAGUAACAUUAACGAAUUAAUUUAAAGUCUAAUUAACGGAAUAUGAGAAUUUUACUGAAUAAACACAAACAAAAAACAAAAAAAAAACCAAAUAAAAAAAAAAAAGGAAACAAAUUCAAUUGGCAAAGAUAUUGUGUACUUUACAAAAGAGCAAAACAAA